GUAUAAUGUAUUGGGAAAAUCGAAAUCUUUUAAUUGCUUAAAGUAUUUGCGUAUGAAAUGGCUCUAAGAGAUCAAGCUAGUCAUAAAAGUACAGACUCCGAUAAUUUUCUCUUAAAGUAUCGUGUGAUAUCUGGUAAACUAAAAAAGCGUUUGUUACGAAAACCCAACGUAUCGGAAGCUUCGGAUCAAUUUGAGUCUCUAGCUAUUAACUGCGAACAAAAGGAGCUUCAUCAGUACGCGGGUUGGUGUUGGCUAGCGGCAGCAAGAUGUCAAGAAUCGGUGGGAAAUUGUAUUUAUGAAAUUAAUUUCUUGACAAAAGCUGGGAGACAAUUUUUAAUUGCUAACAAGAAUAAUAAGGAUAUUGGGUGUCUGUCGAUAAGCGACGAAGAUAUACAAGUAGCGAUAAAUGCUUUUAAUCAUGCGCUUACAAGAUGCGAGAAUCAAGAUGGUUUUCAAAUGAUGUCAUCGAGUUUAGCGAUAGAAUUGGCUUUAGCGCUUGGUUCAAACUCUGAAGGAAUCAAAUACUUAUGUUCCGCUAUUCACACGCAUCCCACUGUACAAGCAAUAAACCUAUUAGUGACCUAUUAUAUAAAACAAGGUAAUUAUGUUUCGGCGUUGCGAGUUCUUACCGAAUUGGUAGAAAUGAUCGAGAAUCACCUUGGUGCCAGGACAAUAGAUAAUUAUAGAAAUAUAUUACAUAAAUGCGAGAUUAGUAGAGUAUUGCUAUUGUUGAUUAUGCGACCUACGCCACAGAGGCUGGCUCCUUCUCUCGCUCAAGUCCUGGAGAAAUAUGCUUGGGCAGAGGACACGCGCAUUUCUGUACCGAAUAUGACGGAAGACGAAAUGUUGUUACUUCAGUCUCUCGUGCUCGCUUGUCAAUCGAGAGAUUACGAGGCUAUAUUGGAACUUGAGAGCGAAUUGUGGUCAUUCUUUGACGUAGAACAAAAAGAGCUUCUUCACAAUCUUAUAAAAACAUUCGGUAAAGAAUAGGAGAAUUAAACAUUGAUCCCAGUUAAAAAAAUGUUGUCAAAUUGACCAUAAAG